UGUCGUAUUAUGCACUUUUUGACUGAUCUCAAGAUGGAUGUUGCUCUAAAAAACCUGAUCGAUGCACUCCGGACGGCUUCCACGCAACUCGACGAAAGCAAUGUCGAGGAGGUGCUCCAUGACACUGAGAAGUUGCCAGACAAGAAAGUCGCUGAACUUGCUUCGGAGGCCUUGGAUCUUCUCGAUGAAUUACGUCUCAAGUUGGAGCCUCGCCAGUUGAUUCUUGCGGAUCAUUUCCUGGGCUACAUGAACACCAAAGCCCUCUGUGCAGUUGUUGAAUUCAAUAUCCCAGAUAUUCUUUUGGAAGGUCCGAAAACGAUUGAAGAGCUUGCAAGAGCAAGUCAAGCUCGAGAAGAUCGUCUGGGUCAAGUCAUGCGUGCAAUGCGCAACAACGGCAUUUUCUCUUACGAUGCGCAAAAGAAAACCUAUCGGAACAAUUCAACAUCGACGCUCCUUCUGAAAGAUCAUUGGACGCAAUGGAGAAAUUGGGUAGACCUCUACGGCAACGAAUUCUACGAUAUGGCGCGAGGAAUCCAGCAGUCAUGCAGAAGUGAUGCCGUCCGAUCUCCUGCGCAGAUAAACUACGACACGGAUGACAGCAUGUUUAAGUACUUCACUGAGCGUGGCUGGGUUCCAAAGCUUCACAAAACUCUAAGCGGCGGUGCCGUUGCCCAAGCUCCUGGAAUUGUGGAAGAUUAUCCGUGGCAUGAGGUCGCCUCAAAGACUGUCCUGGAUGUUGGUGGUGGCGGAGGUGGCCUCAUCGCGUCGCUCCUCCGGGCAUAUCCUGAAAUGAUCGGGGGAGUGUUCGACAUGCCGCAUGUGAUUGAACAAGCAAAGGCAAACUUCCAUGAUAAAGAAGGCGUAUAUGCGGACGUCGGCAGUCGUGUUCCGCCUGAAAACUUGAUAUCAGGAGAUUUCAUGGUGGAAGUGCCGUCGUUCGAGGUGUACACCCUGAAGUGGUGUCUACAUGAUUGGAACGAUGAAAAGGCUACUCUCAUCCUGAAGACGAUUCGUCGGGCGAUCAGAGAAAGUGAGGACAGUCGACUAGUCGUCUUGGAGUGUGUUUUGAAAGAUGGGCACACGGGAAGGAUGUCAAGGUAUGGUGAUAUGAACAUGAUGGUUGCAGUUUCGGGGCAGGAAAGAGAUGAAGAACAGUGGAGGCAACUAGCGAAGGCGUCGGGUUGGCAGUUGACGAAGAUCUUUCCACUGAGGAAUGCAUGGCCAUGUGCUAUCGAGUUUAGGCCAUUUUAGUAAAUAGUAUUAGGCGACGGCGAGCAGAGUUUCAGUGAGGUUCUUCUUCUCUCUUUUCCCGUAUCUGGAUUGUAGCUCCACUUCCUUAUCUUGUAAGAAGGCGGUCAUUCAGGGCCUACUGAAAACAGGCUCCAUCCUUCUUAUGGCCUCGUCCAAGUCUUGCGGUUUCACGGCGAACCCUAUCCUGGCCCAACCUUUCUCAUUCUCU